AUGGUGGAGCCCGUGCCGAAGCGGGCCCGCUUCUCGAUGGAGCCCGAUGUCGAAGUGGAGCUGGAUGGGGGAGUGCUCCAGGUGCAUUCCCAUGUCCUGAUGGCGGCCUCGGAAGUUUUCGCGAACAUGUUGCAAUCCGGCAUGCAGGAAGCUCAGUCUGGGCGCAUUCUGCUCAAGGAAAAGGCUCUGGACGAUUUCAAGGUGGUCUUGAAGCACUUGGAUCUGCGCGGUGGAUCGCUCCCACCCUCUAUCACGGAGGACAAUCUUGAGCUCCUUUUGGAGAACGCAGAUGAGUACCAGAUCCUUGGGCUAAAGGAGCGAUGUCAGAAUUUUUUGCUGAAACUUGCAAAGCGCAAGCCGGAGUAUGUGCUCGAGUUGUCAGAUCAGUAUGACUUGGAGAGCGCGAAGCUCGUGACAGCACGCCUUCUGACCGCCAAGAAGGACAGCGUCCUACUGAACUACGAGACAGACUCCAUUGUACGGAAAGCAGUGUACAAGGAGCUGCUAUUGUCGGUGGACACGGAGCGUAGAAAUCAGACAAAGUUUGUGGAAGUGGACUUUGCAUGUGACGAUUCGCACGAGAAGGCUUCCAGACACUGGUCGGUGAUUUUGAGAACCCUGGCAGCCCUGAAGGCUCAAGAGAAGCAACAAGACGACUUCUAUGCUCAUGGGAACGAGUGGAGACAACACCUUCUCAAGAUUGUACGGCUAUUCUUGCUCGACUUUGAAGAAUCGAAAGAAAGGCAGUCAGAAGGAGAGGGCCUGGAAGAAGAAAAGGAGGACUAG